AAAAGGGAGAAAAACAAAAUCUCAAAAAGGAGAGAGCUUAAAAUUACAAAGAUCUCAAGCAAAAGCUUAGCAGUUGUGGAAGCAGAACCAGUUGAAUUGAUUAAAAAGCUCCGAUCAUAAAUGGCGAUAACUCUUAACAAUGGCUUCAAGAUGCCGCAAAUUGGGCUAGGAGUUUGGCGUAUGGAGAAGCAACAAGUCAGAGACCUCAUUAUCAACGCCAUUAAGAUUGGUUAUCGCCAUUUUGACUGCGCCGCUGAUUACAAAAAUGAAGCUGAAGUUGGGGAGGCACUAGCAGAAGCUUUUAAGAGUGGACUUGUCAAGAGGGAAGAACUUUUCAUUACCACAAAACUCUGGAAUUCAGACCAUGGACAUGUUCUUGGGGCUUGCAAGGACAGCUUGAAGAAGCUUCAACUAGAAUAUUUGGAUCUGUACCUGGUGCACUUCCCAGUUGCUGUAAAGCAUACAGGAGUGGGUAAUACUAGCAGUGAAUUGGCUGAAGAUGGGGUGUUGGACAUUGAUACAACCAUAUCUUUAGAAACCACUUGGCAUGCCAUGGAAGAUUUGGUUUCUGCUGGUUUAGUUCGCAGUAUUGGGAUCAGCAAUUACGACAUCUUUUUGACCAGAGACUGUUUAGCGUAUUCAAAAGUGAAGCCUGCUGUGAACCAAAUCGAAAUGCAUCCUUACUUUCAAAGAGAAUCUCUUGUUAAAUUUUGCCAAAAGCAUGGGGUUUGUGUCACAGCUCAUACUCCUUUAGGGGGUGCUGCUGCUAACAAUGAAUGGUUUGGUACAGUUUCUUGUCUGGAAGAUCCAGUUCUUCAAGCACUUGCCAAGAAAUAUGGGAAGAGUGCUGCUCAAAUUGCCCUCAGGUGGGGUAUUCAAAGGAACACCAUCGUGAUACCGAAGACGUCAAAACUCGAGAGAUUGGAAGAGAAUUUCCAAGUUUUUGAUUUUCAGCUUGCGAAAGAGGACAUGGAUCUGAUCAACGGAAUCGACAGGAAAUAUCGAACAAACCAACCUGCCAGGUUCUGGGGCAUAGAUUUAUAUGCUUAGAUAGUUAUGAACUCUCUAUAACUCCUCUUAUAAUUGCUUCUUAAAACUAAUACCUAGCAUCUGUUGCUGAAAUGGAUAAUAAUGCUUUAAGGCUAAACUCUUGAACUGUUUCUUCUGUCUUGUGUUCUGUUGUGUUCCCUAAAAAGCAGUAAAAACUUCCACUGUCAUGUUGGUUCCUUUAGGCCCGUUUGAUUACAUUCUCGAUUCUUUCAUGUUUUCCUUUGACAAUUACUUGUUAAAGAUGGAACAAAAGAAACAGUUUUUUUUUCUCCUUUUC